AUGGUACUGCUGGACGAGUUCUGUGUGAAGGUGUACUUCUGGCCAUUCCUGUCCUAUCUGGCCAGCAUCAAGGGCUGGUGCCCGCUGUACCCACCAGGUUACUAUCCCAUCUACGCCCUGCCGCCACCGCAGGGACAACCAUAUCCUCCGCCGCCCCCACCGCCGCUGCAGCCGAUUGGUCCACUAAUACCGCCCCAACCCGCUCUUCCGUCCACACCUGCAGUGAUCCCGACGUUCCAGCCCACGCCUCCGAAUCCCCAGCCGCCAGCGACGCCACCCCUGUUCACCACCAGCAGCAGCACCACCAGUAGCACCACCCUGUCCACCACCACGACGACGGGACUGACCACCACCACCACCGCCGCUGGCACCACUCUGCCGCUUCCGGUGCCCACGUGUCCAUCCCAGCCGCUGGUUUGCCUGCCCGGCGGAGCGCGUCCACUGCCCAACUGUCCCUGCAUCGAUCCUCGCCAGCAGCAGAGCUCGCCGCUGCUCUCGUCCACGGGACCACAAAUCGGUUCGGAUAUGAUGGUCUUCAUGCCGCUCAAUUCCGGACGUAGGCGGCGUCGUCGCCGCAGACCCCAAUCCUGUCAAGAUGCCCGAUCCCGGCCUGGCAGCUGCCUGCCCCUGACCUCCUGUCCCCAGCUCAUGCAGGAGUACCAGGGCCAGGGCAACGAGUUCCACACCUUUCUGGGCCAGUCCAUAUGUGGCUUUGACGGCUCCACUUUCAUGGUGUGCUGUGCGACGGAUCGAAGUGGAACCGGCAGGAGCAGGAAGGAUGUGUUUCUGACCACCGCAGCUCCCUUCGGAUUCUUUCACUUCUCACCCUUGAGUGGUGGAUCUACUGCCACUCCGAUGGUUUUCCAGCCCACUCCGCCUCUCAGCCAGGUGGUGGGCCCCAGCUUCAACCAACCACCUCCUCCACCUCCACCCCCACCAAAUGCUCCACGUGAGUCCGCGGUGUGCGGCAUUAGUGGUGCCACUUCCAAUCGCGUUGUGGGUGGUAUGGAGGCGCGGAAAGGAGCUUAUCCCUGGAUAGCUGCCCUUGGCUACUUUGAGGAAACCAAUCGGAAUGCACUGAAGUUCCUCUGCGGUGGCAGUUUGGUUCAUUCGCACUACGUGAUCACCUCGGCACAUUGCAUCAAUCCGAUGCUGACCUUGGUGCGGCUGGGAGCCCAUGAUCUCUCCAAGCCAGCCGAACCGGGUGCAAUGGACCUCCGUAUCCGUAGAACUGUGGUACACGAGCACUUCGAUCUCAACUCCAUAUCGAAUGAUAUAGCCCUGAUUCAGCUCAAUGUAGUUGGUGCACUGCCAGGUAACAUCUCGCCCAUUUGCCUGCCGGAGGCCGCCAAGUUUAUGCAGCAGGACUUCGUGGGCAUGAAUCCCUUUGUGGCCGGCUGGGGCGCAGUGAAGCACCAGGGAGUCACCUCGCAGGUGCUGAGGGAUGCCCAGGUGCCAAUCGUGUCCCGCCACAGCUGCGAGCAGAGCUACAAGUCCGUCUUCCAGUUCGUCCAGUUCAGUGACAAGGUGCUGUGCGCGGGUAGCUCGAGCGUGGACGCCUGUCAAGGGGAUUCCGGUGGACCACUCAUGAUGCCCCAGCUGGAGGCGAAUGUCUAUAGGUUCUACUUGCUCGGCCUGGUUUCCUUUGGCUAUGAGUGUGCUCGCCCCAAUUUUCCCGGUGUUUAUACGAGAGUGGCCUCCUACGUUCCUUGGAUCAAGAAACACCUCGCAUCCGCUUAG